GAUUAAUUUGUCUGCUAUCUCUUUUAGAUGUAUAGGGUUCACGGCAAAUAAAAAAGUAAACAAAGUCCUUGAUGCAUAAAACAAGCGAUUCUGUCAAACGUGAUCAGUCAUCAGUCGUCAGUACAAUCACUAGUUUGUGUUGGAGAUUUGAAAGUUUCUACUCUACUAAAAGAACAGGUGAAAGUAAUCUCAAUCUCUCUUGAUUUUUAUGACAGUCUACUGCGAAUAUUUGCACAGUUGAUACUUUCGAAAGUAACUACUGCAAUAAUUUACUGAAAACUCUUCAUUUGAUGAAACAAUUAAAAUCAUGACGAACAUCAAUAAAGAUUUACUGCGCGAAAGAGAGCGAUGUAACUUCAAUCCAACAGAAUUAACUUAUUUAUUAGAUGGAAGUCCGGAAAAAACUGCUAAACGUCGUGAAACAGAGGAAUAUUUUCUGAGUGAUCCAGAGCUGAAAGAUGAUAUACCAGCGAGUUACUUGAGCCACAAAGAAGUUUAUGAAAAUGCCAUUAGAAAGGGUUGUAUUUUGUUGCGAAAAAUUCAGUAUUUACAAGAACAAGGAAAAGGAGAAUUGGAUAUGUAUUCACAAGUUUUGGGAGGAAUGUUGGGAGCAGCACUAUUAAAGGAUGGCAAUCCUUUAACAUUGCAUUACGUCAUGUUUAUACCAUCAAUUAUGGGUCAAGGAACAGUAGAGCAACAGGGAUAUUGGAUCAGUCGUGCGUGGUCAUGCAAUAUAAUUGGUACCUAUGCUCAGACAGAGUUGGGACAUGGUACCUUUAUAAGAGGUCUUGAAACGACAGCUACUUAUGAUCCAACGACUCGAGAAUUCAUUUUGCACAGUCCCACACGAACAUCCUAUAAAUGGUGGCCUGGUGGUUUGGGUCAAACGGCAAAUUAUGCGGUGGUCGUAGCUCAAUUAUAUACUCAAGGAGAAUGCAAAGGAAUUCAUCCUUUUGUUGUGCAGUUGAGAGACGAAGAAACUCAUGAACCUAUGCCAGGAAUAAAGAUUGGAGAAAUUGGUACCAAGUUAGGUAUGAAUGCCACUAACAAUGGAUUUCUUGGUUUCGAUCAUGUGAGAAUACCUCGUGAAAAUAUGUUGAUGAAAAAUUCACAAGUACUUGAAGACGGUACAUAUGUUAAGCCAGCUACUGAUAAACUAACAUAUGGAACUAUGGUGUUUGUAAGAACUGUAUUAAUUCGAGAUGUAUCAAGGUAUUUAUCUAAAGCUGUAACGAUUGCUAUAAGAUACAGUGCUGUUCGAAGACAAAGCCAAAUAAAAUCUAGUGAACCUGAGUGUCAGAUUAUUGAUUUUGUAACCCAACAAUACAAACUGUUUCCCAAUUUAGCAGCUUGUUAUGCAUUUUGGCUGUCUGCAGAAUGGAUCUGGAUAAUGUAUAAUAACGUGUCAGCUGAAUUACAUCAUGGAGAACUUGAAAGACUACCGGAGUUGCAUGCACUAACAUGCUGUUUAAAAGCAGUAGCAUCAUCAGACAGUGCAAGCGGAGUUGAACAAUUACGGUUGUCUUGUGGAGGUCAUGGAUAUAUGGCUGCAAGUAAUUUACCGGCAACGUAUGGUUUAGUAACGGCAGUUUGUACCUAUGAAGGAGAAAAUACAGUUUUAUUGUUGCAAACAGCUAGAUAUUUAGUGAAAGCCCACAGACAAGCCAUGAGCGGACAAAAUCUUACACCUACGGUUCAAUAUUUAUCAACCAUGGCAAAUGCAGGGAAAAAAAGACCGUGGAGAAAUACUUUAACUUGUAUUGUCGUUGCACAUCAAGCAGUAGCUGCUGGGAAAAUUCGUCUGGCUACUGAAAAUAUGGAUCAACGAAUAAAGAUGGGAGAAAGUCCAGAAGAUGCAUGGAAUCAUACAAGUAUUGAAUUAAUGCAAGCAGCCGAAGCUCAUUGUCGAGCUUUUAUUGUUGCUAGAUAUAUUGAAUGGGUUAAAAAACUCACAGUCUCGCAUGAAUUACAACAAGUACUACAACAGCUUUGUGAAACGUAUGCCAUUUAUUGGGUUCUCCAACGUGUUGGAGACUUUUUACGAUUUUCCUGUUUGGUGUCCAAAGAUGUUCCCGUACUCCAAAGACGUUUGGAAGAUCUCUUCAAAGAAAUUAGACCAAAUGCUGUAGGGCUAGUUGAUGCUUUCGAUAUAAGAGAUGAAAUAAUAGAUUCGGCUCUUGGUGCUUACGAUGGUAACGUAUACGAAAGAUUAUAUUCAGCCGCUAUGAAGAGUCCACUUAAUCAAGAAAGCGUUAACAAGUCUUUUCAUUUAUAUUUAAAAUCUCUUUUGAAAAGUAAUUUAUAAAUUUUAUUUAUCGUACUCCUUAUUUUUUUAAAUGUUGAUUAAUGUUGAAAUUAUAUAAAUAUAUAUAUAUAUAUAUAUAAAGUUGAUAAAUAUUAUACUUAUAUUUUUUAAAUAUAGUGCCUUUAUAUAGAAGAUGUAGAAGAAACAAAAUCUAAUGAAUAAUUCACAAUUGCUCAAAUAAUUUUAUGUGAAUUAAAAGUAUUGAAUUUUGUAUUUAAAAAAUUUAUUGAAUAUUGUUAUUGAAAAGAGGUCAUGAAUUAUUGUU